AUGUUUCUGAGAUCGCUGGUGUUUCGCUCGAUCAUCAACCCUCACACCAAGCCCGUUGAGGGUGUGGGUAACAGCUUCUUCAAAGCGUUACCGGGUACCCGUCAGCGAGAGCUUUUGAGUGCGUUAAAGCUGCUCCAGCUGUACCACGCCGCUCAGAAGUCCGCCAGCGAACGGCGCCGUAAGUUGUUCAAAAUGAUGACCUGGCGCCAGCAGCAGUUGUGCAAUGACGUUGGCUACUCAAAUAAGCUCAAUAAGCUUGACCAACUAUCGAAAGUGAACCAGCAAUUCCUCGAUGGCGUCACUCAAUUCGCCUUUGACCGCUACGACUUAACCCACGCCGACUUGGGUAAAGGCGCGACCGACUCGUCGGUGCUGGGGCUGAACUACCGCGUGAUCGAGACCCUCGGCCACUUCGCCCGUGACUGGCUGAGCUCAGACGAGAUCAGGCCUCUCAUCGAUUACAUCCAGGGGCAGCUCGCAACAAUUAUCCCGAAAGACGAGCAGGCCGACACCUGCGUGAUCGUGCCGGGGCUGGGUCUAGGCCGGAUCGCCCACGAAAUCGCAAGGCUGGGCGACUACCAGGUGCAUGCGGUCGAGUUUCUGGGGUUGAUGCAUUUGUGUCACGCCUACAUCUACCUGGGGGCCGACGCCGCCCCCAUUUACCCCUACAUCCACACGUGUUCUAACUUCACCAGCACCGACGCCCACUACCGCCACGUCGACGUAGUGCCGCAGCUGCCGCCGCCGAACCUUGAGCUCGAUAUGAGCGACUUCCGCUUCUUUGAGCUUGGAAAACCGUACAAAAACGUCGUGGUGGUGCUGGCGUUCUUCAUCGACACCGCCGAGAACCUCAUGGACUACUUUGACGCCAUCACCAAGCUCACGGCGCCGCCAGCCAAGGGGUUUUGGAUCAAUAUCGGCCCAUUGAAGUACGGUCUGAGCCCGCAAGUGGAGCUCAACGCCGAGGAGAUCGAACAGGUCCGGCACAAACUCGGGUGGCACGAUCUCGACUACCGCAACGACGUCACAGACACCGUGGGCUACAUCACCGACAAGCAGCUGAUGUGGCAGGGGUACUAUGGCACCACCCGGUGGACGCUGGCGCGACAACCGCGGCGCUGA